AUGCCGACUAGAGUCACUGUCACUCCGUCAAGGUUUGUAGGUGGAGUGAAUUACUCCGUAAAGAGAAGCUCAAAGUAUAGCCACGUUAUCGGAAAGGUUUCAGAUACAGGUAGGCUGAUAACAAUGGGAGACCCGUUGGCGGUUACUAGGUACGUCCUCGUGAUAUCUCGUCCAGACAAUAGCAAAUACGUACGCGUAAUGAGCAGAAGAAAAUGUCUAUAUGGAUACGACAAUAUCGUUGAGGAAUAUAUGAAAAGACCAGGUGAAGAGGCUUACAAGAAAAUCUCCAGGCUCCCCGUACCAAUCGAUAUUCUGACCGAAGAGAGCGACAUCCUCGUCAAGGUGGAGCUGGUCGUUGACUGGGGAACCCAAAACGUAAAUCCUGAGACCGGAAUGCCGGUGAACCUGGAAACUCUACCCAUGAAGUUUACUAUUCAGGAAGAGAUGCAAGAUCUCGUCGUCCUUGGAGAUAUAAAAUAUAACGGACUCCCUUUAGAUAAUAACACAGAUGGACUCAUACAGAGGAAUGUCCUCUGGGAAGGUGGGCUAGCCAGACCAAGAGUCCACGUAUUCUCAAGGUACGAUGACGGAACCGAAACUGAAGUACAUUAUAAAAUCAUUUGCGGCAGAUUCGAAGCCACUGGAUUUAAAAGGAGACUUAUACAACUCUAUGAAUAA